AUGUCAUCUCCAACUAGCUUCUCUACUAUUCCAUUCCUCUUUAUCCUAAUCCAUGCCCUACCCUUUAUUGUUCAAGGUGUGGUGCCUCCCUCACAAACUUUCAAUUAUGUGAAUGAAGGCGAAUUCGGAGACUACAUAGUCGAGUACGAUGCUAACUACAGGGUUCUCUCUGUCUUCAACUCCCCGUUUCAGUUGUGUUUCUACAACACCACGCCCGGUGCCUAUACUCUGGCAUUGCGUAUGGGUACCGUCCGCUCUGAAUCUCUGAUGCGUUGGGUUUGGGAGGCGAAUCGCGGGAAUCCAGUGGGAGAAAACGCGACUUUCUCGCUCGGCUCUGGCGGCAACCUUGUCCUUGCCGAAGCCGAUGGACGUGUUGCAUGGCAGUCUAACACGACUAACAAGGGCGUGAUCGGCUUUAGGUUGUUGCCUAAUGGCAACAUGGUCCUAUACGACUCCAAGGGAAAUUUCGUGUGGCAGAGCUUCGAUUACCCGACAGAUACGCUGUUGGUGGGCCAAUAUCUUCGUCUAAACGGCCCAAAUAAGCUCGUGAGCCGGCUUUCCGAAAAGGAGAACAAGAAUGGCCCAUAUAGCCUCGUCUUGGAGGCUCGUAGGUUCGCGAUGUACUACACUAGUAAGAAUUCUCCUAAGCCCAUGUUAUAUUUCGACUCGACCGAUUAUCUCAUGUCCGGGAGACGGACUCUCGAUAAUCUAACGUUUACGAGCGAGCCAGAGACGGAUGAUGCUUUUGCUUACGAAUUGAAAUUGGUGGAGAAUAUGAACGGAGGAACUCGGAUUCUGUCGAGGCCUAAAUACAAUAGCACGUUAACGUAUCUUCGUUUAGGUCUCGACGGGGGUCUAAGAGCCUACACAUUUUACACGUUGGUGGAUUAUGGUGCAUGGGAAGAGACAUUCACCCUUUUCCCAAGGGACUCCGGCGAAGAAUGCCAGCUGCCGGAGAGGUGUGGGGAGUUUGGGAUUUGUGAGGACAGCCAGUGUGUGGGCUGCCCAUCUCCUAAUGGGCUAUUGGGCUGGAGCAAGAGCUGUGCGCCUCCUAAGCCCAUAUCUUGCAAAGCAAAUAGUGUUGGGUACUUUAAAUUGGAAGGUGUUGACCAUUUCUUGAGCAAGUAUACUAGGGGGACUGGGCCCAUUAAGGAGGAGGAGUGCUCCAGAAAGUGCACCUCGGACUGCAAGUGUUUGGGAUUUUUCUACAAUCAGGCCGAGUUCAGGUGCUGGAUUGUCUAUGACUUGAAGACCCUCACAAGAGUCAAUAAUGCUACACACUUGGGCUAUAUUAAGGCUCCCAUUCGGUAG